AUUUACUGCGGAUUAGAGUUCGUCGAGUUUCCGGUUCCAAGUUUGUUUACAGGUUUUCACGUGUUUUUAUUUCUAGAAAUUCCGAUCGAAGCAAACAGUUCCACUAAAAGAUGUUUAGAGAAGAUUAUGGUGGUAUAAAUAUUUAUAAAUAUGGCUGAAACGAGAAAGGAUGUUCCAAAUUCCAAAACCAAUAAACUCACAGAGUUGUGUAACACAGAAACAGAAGGAAAUGAACCAAACACACAGACGACGUGUAAAUUGAAGAAGCAUUCAACAAGAUGUGAAUACAAAUUUCAUAUCGAGAAAUGUCUGCUACGACUUGUUGAUUUCUUGACUCCAUAUCUGCCCUUGGUUGACAGCCACACCUCAGAUUUCAUUACCAAAGACCAGUGGAACACAUACAUACCAGCUGCCAUACAGGGGCAACUGUUGCAUCUCUCUGAUGACCAGCUUCUACUGUUGCCUUCAGGUGCUGUGCACUGGCCACCACAGUCCACUUGGAGUACAACGCUUGAGGAUCACAUACCACAUGGCAUCAAAGGAAAAAAUUCAAGACUUGCCGACCUGGAAUGCAAAACUUUGAAAUGGAGCCACAAUAAUCUUGAAGAAUUUAUCAAAUCUGCCCAUGAAAAUACUCUUCCUCAGCUCGCUGUAUUAACUGCCAUUGAAGAUCUCAAGAUGAAAUAUCGACUGACUGAAGACAAAACACCAUUUGUUAAGGAUUUCAUGUCGAAACAGAAGUCCCAUGAAGUGGCUGUUAUGGCACAGUUGUGCCACUCACUGUGCCAGCGCUUUGGAAUAUGUAAAAUUGUUGACUUGGGCAGUGGCAAAGGCUAUCUUGGAACCCAACUUGCUUUCAGUUACGAUUUAAAAGUCUUUGGUAUUGAUUCUGCUGACCAGAAUACAUCAGGAGCGAAUAAGAGAGCAAAGAUUUUGAAAAAACAGUGGUCAGGACUUAUUAAAAAAUUUACCCUUAGCCAAAAUUCUUAUCAGAAUCAACCAGUUCCAAACGAAGAAGAAUCUCUGAAAAUACAGAAUCAGAAUCAGAAUAAUGGUGACUGUGGUGGUAAUCUUCAGAAAUAUGUUGCAACGACCACUGAGAAGGAACCAAGGGGGUUUUACUGUCCAUUUACCACGUAUGUAAACUCUGACACCAAUAUCUUACAGCUGAUUGCAGAACAUGAUAAAUGUGAAGCUGACGCCGGUUCCCAGGGCGACAGCAGCAACCUGCUUGUCGCAGGCCUUCAUACUUGUGGCAAUCUCUGCCCAACGGCGCUUCGGUUUUUCUCUCAGAAUCCUGCGGCUCAUCUCCUCUGUAAUGUCUCAUGCUGUUAUCAUCUUUUAACAGAGGAAUUCGAUCCCAACGGUGCUGCUCAAAGUGAAUAUGGUUUCCCUGUCAGUUCCAUUCUGAGGAAGAUGAAGUUUCAUUUGGGUCAAAAUACAAAAAAUCUGGCCUGCCAGUCUGUGAACAGGAUCAUAUCUUCUAGCAAGUUAACAGGAGAAUCUCUAUUCCAACGAGCACUCCUUCAGAAGAUCUUCAUUGAUACUUUAUCCAAGCAGGAACAAAAUUCUUUGAAGAAUUCCAUCAAAUUAAGAAAAUUAGCCAGCAAAUGUUCUUCGUUUUAUGAUUAUGUGGAAAUGGCUUUCCAGAAGUUGGACCGUUCUUCUGAAAAGAUCUCUGAAGAAAUGGUUCAGGAUUAUUUGGUAAAAUAUGAAGAGGACAAAAAGAAACUUGCUGCUUUUUUCCAAGUAAAGUCUGCGUUGGCCCCAUGUAUCGAAGCACUCAUUGCAUUGGACCGGAUUUAUUACCUACUGGAACAGGAAUCCAUCAAAGAUGUCUCUCUCUUACAAUUGUUUGACCCUGUCACAUCUCCUCGCUGUUAUGGAAUUGUUGCUGUGAAAAAGAUUGCAGUUGAAGAUACUUGCUCAGCUGUUGCCAAAGAAACAGAUGUCACAACAGAUACAACAACAGAUGUCACAACAGGUUUAGCAACAGAUACAACAACAGAUUUAACUAAGAUAUAACAACAAAUGUCACACAGAUGUAACAGGUUUGACAACAGAUAUCACAAUAAAUGUGAUAACAGAUGCAAGAAUAAAUGUGACAACAAAAUUAACAAUGGAUGUCACAACAACUAUAAUAACAGAUGCAGCAACAGCUCUAGCAACAAUUACAACAACAGGUCUAACAGAUGUAACAAAAGAUAUAACAACAGAUGUUAUAACAGAUGUAGCAUAUACAACAAAAGAUGCAAUAGCAAUGUCAUUGUAGAUGUGAAGGUUAAAAGGUUAAAACAACUGACAUAACGACAGAUGCAACAAUUUCAUUGCUGCCUGUGAUAACUGGUGCAAGAGCAGAUCCAAGGCUUUACUUAAUAAUAGAUGCCAGACAUAACAAGCAAAAGGAGAUGAGAAACAAACACUAAAUGUUUGCAAGAAGUUGUGUAUAGGAACAGAUGAUAUAAUAGACACAGCAUAUGUAAAACUGUGUGGAAAAACCAGAUGCUGUGAUCAUUGCAAGUUUAGAUGGAGAUAAACUUGUGUUUUGUUGCUUAUUUUGUUACAGAAUGUGAGAAUAUAAAACCAAUAAAUAUUUGAAAUUAAUUAA